ACAUAUAGCGGUCGUGAAAAUAUCAAGCUAAUGUUUCGUUACCCUUCCACUGUGGCUAUUUAUGACGGAACGAACUAUUUAUUUAUAUCGUCAGAGCUUAGCUUGUUUUUUUUUUACUUACUAAUGGAUCUCGAGUGGUACACUCAUUUCAUGUAUCCUUAAUAUUUAGUUGUUCCGACCGCGGCCGUUGAAACUUGGCUGAAUGAGAUUCGAUAAUUAACGAACACCUAAAAAAAAUUAUAAUUUUCCUUCGUAAUUCGUUUUACGUUAAGAUUGAAAUCAUGCCCCUGAAAGCUGAUUGCAAUUGUUAUGCCCGUUGUGCAAAAAAUCGCUUGUAUGCCCUCUCACCGCAUCUCCCUUCCCAGAAUAAUCCUCUCCCUGACUGUCUAUUCGCGGAUAUGCUCAUAAUUCGAGUGUUCCAACUGUGAUUUAGAGGAUUCGCUGCUUUGAGUUUUUCUCGACAGAUGUCACUGUUGAGACCCUUCCAAACGGCACACAUUAGUCACGACAAAGACACCGCGUCGAGUGAUUGAGCAGGAUCUUUUCAAAGGCAUUCGCUAUCAGUUGGCACGUCUCGCUUCCCCCAGAAGCACUUAGUUUAUUGGUACCACCAUCGUGGCGGAAUUAGUGUAGCGAGGCAGCUUGACGUAUCUGGCCUCCAACCGAAUUACGCACAUUUUGCACAGCGUCUGCUUAACCCCUUCUAGGUCGUCAGAUUAACCUCGACAUCGUUGGUCGUCUACAAAAAUGGAGAGUCUAGACACUGUACCGCCAUACGUGUUCGAGCGGGAUCCCCGUUUACGGACAUGGAUCUCUGCUCAGCCGUUGUCAUUGGCUAGCAUUGUUGGCGCAUACCUUUACGUUGUGUACAUCUGGGGUCCGCGCUUCAUGCGCGACCGCAAGCCAUAUCAGUUAACCGGCAUCACGCGUACCUACAACCUAUUCCAGAUCAUCGCGUCAACAGCGUUCGCGUUUAAAAUCGCCCAUCAUUUCUACGGCAAAAUGGACCAGCCAUUUUUGUGUUCGCCUCCAGAUAACAGACGAACAGAUGCAUUAACUAUGGAAUUGCUCGAUAUGACAUUUUACUAUUGGUGGUUACGUGUAUUUGAUUUCCUUGAUACGGUAUUCUUCGUUCUGCGGAAAAAGCAACGCCAAAUUACGUUCUUACACGUGUUUCAUCACGUUAUCGUCGUGUGCAUGUCUUGGGCGUCGGCUAUUUACGGCCUAACCAAUCUCGUCAUCUUUACGCUCUGUCUCAACUCAUGCGUGCAUGCCAUUAUGUACACAUACUACUUACUCUCCACACUUGGACCGGCUGUACAGAAGCACCUCUGGUGGAAGAAGCAUCUCACGAAGGUGCAAAUUUUCCAGUUCGUGCUGAUGAUUGCGCAUCUUUCGGUGCCAAUGUUCCGCAACUGCGGCUACCCAUCGUCCGUCAUUUACACCUGGCAGGCCUCGAUCGGAGCCAUUCUUCUGCUUUUCCUAAAUUUCUACAUUCGUUCGUACAACAGCAGCAAUUGCAUUCAGAAAAACGGCAAGGCGCUCAACUCCAGCAGAAACCCAGGUUCUAGCUGCUCCAACUUGCACAGCUCCCAUCUUAAUGGCACAUCGACAACGAUUGCCUCUUCACUCACCGCCGCUGACGAAUCCAUCAAGGAUAAGUAGAUGUCGUAAUAAAUUCAUCGUUAUCAUAUAUACGCAAUUCAUAGUACAAGUAAAAAAAAAAAAAAAAAAUACGCUCUUUCUGGACUGCGGCAGGAUUGCCGGUAGAAAUUAUCAGCAGCGUCUAUUACUGCUGCCCAGUUCAUUUAUUUCUAGCCUCUUAUCCUAACCUGUAAUUGAUUUGAUUGUGCAUUUGUGUAUAUACGUAUGCGACGAUCAUCGCUAAGGAUUAUCGUCAAAUGAGAUGAUUCAGGAUCGAAUCCAUCAGUUAGCUAGCCUCAGUGACCAUUCAAGGAAAUAGAUAAUGGUCUCAGACAUUGCAAAGUAACGAUUAGUUGAAAAUGAUAACAUCCGUUUCUAUAGUCAAAUUGUCAGCCGUAUCAUUACUAUUGACGAUUUCCACCACCUCAUACUUCCGCCAAUUGAAGACAAAAACGAUUAACCACUCCUUCAUUUCCGAGGACGUGAUGCUGCUGUACACGUUCUACGUCAUGUAUGAAGUCGGUACACACGAGUGCCCUCACACCUGGACGCGUCUGUGGUACCCUUGCCGCAUUUUUCCAAUCGCCUAUAAGUAAACCAACGACGAAGGCGGGGUUGGGUAUGGCGAACAGUGUCAGCCCUGAUAACUAUCGCGUUAUAAUCAUCACUGAGCGUGGGGUUACUCGACGAGGAGGGACCAAGCAAUGGGCCUUGUCACAAAGCAAUGAGCCGUGUCAAAAAAAAAGGACAAACCUGCCCGAGAGACCAAGAAGACAACCUCGAAGGAGUCAGUCAGAAUGAAAACUAGAUUAUGAAAGAUACGACUAGAAGAGGCAACGAUUUAGUAUAAAUUCGCUUUCGUAGAAUCCUAAGUAAAAACAGAUUUGGGGAAGCACAAGUCAGAGAAAAAGAAACGAUAAGAUUUAAUUAAAUAUAUAUAUAUAUAUAAUUAUUGAUUAUUAUGAUAAUGACGAGAAACAAAUAGAACAUUGCGCUGGCCGCUUUGUGGCAAAUGGGAAUAGCUUAUGAAAAAGAUGUUAUCUCGGAGGGUCGAUCGGUGAAUGAAAAUGUAAUGCAUUAUAUGAUACAGUGACAAAGUAAAAAGAUAGCAACGAAAUGAAAUUAUUAUCUAUUGACGCAUUGCAGAAAAGGAAGGUGAAACAAUGGAAAAAAGCAACAAGUGGAUAAUAAUAACCGUAAUUAUAAUAAUACUAAUAACAAUAAUAUUAGAGACGAAGGGUUGGAUAGGGUUAGAAGAAUUCUGAAGAGCAGCUGAUUGGAGAAGAUGAAGUAGCCGGCUACGGCGUCCAGGCGUCAGAGAACGAUGGAGUCUAGCUUGCGUGCUAUGUAUAUACGUAAAUAGAUAAACAACAACAGAUGAAAAACAGAUACGACUUAUACAACGAAAGAGCAUUUUAUUUUCAAAAGAUUAAAAACGCAUUGUUUAAAUCUUGUCUUUAUUAUCUAGUUAAUUUUUCGUCUCCUUCGAAUUCGAGUCAUCGCACCGGUUUAUCUUUGCUACAAAGGUUUAGGCCUUAUAGCUGCGUCCCGACAGAUACGAUAGUCUUAAUUCACCAUAACUAAUUGAGGAGCGGGCUCGACGACAAGCCUAUUUUAUUGUACAGCGCGAAACCUAACUAGUGCUUGACAUCCUUCUUCUUCAUUAUUCGGCUUCAAAUAUCCCCAAGCUAAAAGCCAUUCGUUCAUGCUUUAACGGAGAAUGGCCUGACAUCUGACAAAGGCAGACUAACAAACUGUGAACAAAAGAAAUCAGAAAUGGACCAAUGCAAAAAAGAGUAUCGAGGCACUCCUGUCUCGCUUUCGAACGUCAUCAUCUUGUCCGUACCUCAGUCUGUCUCGGCCGCAGCUACAGGCCCUGUGUAUCCUGGAAUCUUCUCAGUCAGUUCUAUUUAGAAGAAUUUAGUACUUAGGGCCAACUGUCACUUCGUAAUCAAACGACAUAAAAUGACCAACUGUAUAAAAUCGUUUGUGUUGAUCACACGUUCCCUGUUCAGCACCGAGUGUCUACCAUAGUUUCUAUGGGCUUCUCUACAUUAAGAUCAUGAUGUGUUUCUAAGGUUUUGUUUUUUAUUUUGAUCACUCCCCCGUUCCUCACAAGAGUCGUUCCAUACCAAACAAUUAUAAUGCGAUUUAUAUAACUGCGGCGACAAAUUAGUUUUAACGUAAAUUAGUUUAGGUCUAUGAUACUGAUGGCUGACAGGUCGCUGUCGACGUAUCGGACUGGGAUGUGACAGUAAAUCACCAAAUAUAAAUCGUGUUUCCCGUAGAGAUGCGUCAACAUAUAUGAUGGUGAAGACGAACCCAACGAAAAUAAGUGACUGUUAUGAGACUAAAAAGCCUAUAUCGAGACUUUGCAGAAUAUAUGACUGUAAUAGCUAAGCGAGGUUAGCUAGGAGAAUUACUAACAGCGAGUAAACUUCGGACUGAAGAAAAUACGAGAAAGAGGAUGCAAAUGAUGAUGAUGAUGAUAACGAGUAUGAACGAAAGAACGCAUGAAAAAGAAACCUGGUGGCAAAAAUGAAAAUGGCUUAAUUCAAGUGUUGGUUAUUUUACUGGUUCUGUGGCGGCGCCAAUAAACCAACUUUGUUUACAUUUUACGCA